ACCCCUAAUCUGCAUGAGGAGUUCCUGCCAGCUGUACGACUCGGUAUCUUUUAACAUUGGAUUUCCAUGCAACUGGGGCUGCAAUGGGAUCAAAUUUAAGUUCAAAUGAGACUUUUACGGGCACUUCAGCACCAGCGGUGAGAACGAGACCAGUAUCUCCUUUCAACUUGCUCACUGUAAAAAUACUAAGGGUGAAGAAUGUCCGGAAGGCAGACUUGCUCACCCUUUCAGAUUGUUAUGUGACACUGUGGCUGCCUACAGCCUCAACAGAGAAGGUUCGGACCAGAACCAUCAGGAACAGCAAAAACCCUGUCUGGAAUGAAGCUUUUUGCUAUAAGAUCGACCGCCGAGUCAAGAAUGUGCUGGAGCUAAAGGUCUGUGAUGAAGACACGGUCACCAGGGAUGAUGAACUCUGCACAGUUCUCUUUGACAUAGAUAAACUCACUGUAGGACGUACUGUUCGAGUGAAGUUUCAGCUGAAUCCACAGGCACGUGAGGAGCUGGAGGUGGAAUUCACAUUGCAGAACACUCUGGACUACCCUGAUGGCAUUAUUACUAAUGGAGUACUAGUGGCACGUGAGGUUUCCUGUUUGGAGGUUAGAGUGGAUACGGGGAAGCUGAAGCAGCAAUCCACAAACCAGGAGCUUACAUUUACAGUGAAAGGAUCCCAUGAAGGAAGCCAGAAGAUUUCGCUGGAUGCGGACCCUGGCCUUAGGAUCAUCGUAUUUCACUGCGUCAUAAAUGACCAGGCAAGACUGGAAGUCGUGUUACCAGAAGAGAUGGCAGAUAAAAAUGAAACGGGGAAAUCCGGUGUCCUGUCCUUCCCUCUGAAUUCACUCCCUUUGCAAAAGGAAAUAAUAGUAGAAGAGGAUCAUUCCUUUCAGUUGUGCUUGACAGCAAGAAAAUGCUCAGGAGACCUGGAUGUGCGCUUGGGGUUUAACCUGUGCGUGGAAGAGCAGGACUUCCUGCAGAAAAGGAAGAAAUACGUUGCUGCGGCUCUGAAAAAGAUUCUUCAUUUGGAGGAGGAUCUGAAAGAGCAUGAGGUGCCGGUGGUGGCCAUCACGACAACCGGGGGAGGGACGCGGUCGCUGACAGCGAUGUACGGCAGCCUGCUGGGUCUCCAGAAACUCAAUCUGUUAGACUGCAUUUCCUACAUCGGUGGUUUAUCGGGUACCACAUGGACAAUGGCAAACUUAUAUGAAGAUGCUAAUUGGUCACAAAAAUACCUGGAGGAUGCAAUCAAUGAAGCUCGCAAGCAAGUAACCAAAUCCAAGAUCUGCUGUUUUUCUUUGGAUUGUCUGAAGUACUAUUAUAAUGACCUGAUGGAGAGGACUAAAGAAGGACAUAACACUUCUUUCAUAGAUCUUUGGGGGCUUGUCAUUGAAUCCAUGCUACAUGAUAAGAAAGAUGAGCAUAGACUCUCGGACCAACGGCGGGCGGUGGAUAAUGGUCAGAACCCGUUGCCCAUCUAUGUGGCCAUCAACCUCAAGUCCAGCUAUAGUGCUCAGGCAUUCAGAGAGUGGCUGGAGUUUACUCCUUAUGAAGUCGGUCUCCUGAAAUACGGAGCAUCUGUUCGCGCAGAACAUUUUGGAAGUGAAUUCUUUAUGGGAAGGAUGGUGAAGAGGCUCUCAGAGACUCGGAUCUGCUACAUGCAAGGCAUGUGGAGUAGUAUAUUUUCCAUAGAUGUGAUGUAUGUCUGGAAUUUGGCUGCUGAUUCAGAGGACUUCUGGUGUAGAUGGACCAGAGACAGAGUAAAAGAUAUUGAGGAGGAACCUUUUCUGUCCAUGAACCCCUAUGAGGUAGACACAUGUCUAUGCACUCCCUCGAGUGUCCUCUCCUCUUCUCUGCGAGACAUCUUAACAGGACGCCCAACAAUUGCACAGUAUCCCAAUUUUAUCAGAGGCUUCCAGAUGCAUAGCAAGUACCUGGAGAGUGAAGGAUUUUCUACCUGGAAAGACACAGUAAUAGACUCCUUCCCAAAUAAACUGAUGGAAACAGCAGACAGUGAGCUCUCCCUUGUUGAUACUGGUUUUUUCAUCAAUACCAGCUACCCACCACUUUUGAGAUCGAAGAGGGAGGUGGAUGUCAUCCUGCAUUUAAAUUACAGUGGAGGGUCCCAGACGCUGCCUCUGGAUCAGAUCGCAAAGUACAUCUCAGGGCAAGGAAUUCCAUUUCCCAAAAUUGAGAUAAGUGAGGAAGACAGGGAAAAUUUGAAGGAGUGCUAUGUGUUUGAAGAUGCUGACAGUCCGCAAGCCCCAACAGUGCUUUUUUUCCCCCUAGUAAAUGACACCUUCAAGAAAUAUAAAGCUCCUGGUGUGGAAAGGAGUCCUGAAGAGAUGGCUGAAGGCAAAGUUGAUGUCUCCAGCAUCCUCUCCCCAUUUACAACAAGGGAAGUGUGUUUCAGUGAAGAGAAUUUUGACAAACUGGUGAAACUGACUGAUUACAAUGUCCUGAAUAAUGAGAAGUUAAUAAUUCAGGCCUUGCGCCUGGCAGUGGCACGGAGGAAGCAGCGUAAUUAUUAGCCACCACCCACUAGCUUCAACCUUACAUGUGAUAUUUCUUAGGUUGUCUAUUACCUGGUGAGAUCAAGAUGUUUGAUGCUUGCCAGUGAUACUUGCAGUAGAAAUUGCAUCAUCCUAAGGACAUGCUGGACUCCAAUUAAUCCUAUUUACAUGGUUAUUCAGAUGAACAGAUUGGAAUUUACCGGUGGUUUAAUCCAAAACAAACUUCGAAGCAGCAAAUUUGUGUUUGGUUUUGUUACCUUGUUACUUUACAAAUUGAUAUAUAUAUAUAUUCUGUAUAAAUUAAUAUAGUGUUGUGUAAGGUAAUAAUGAAAUGUGUAAUACAUGAAAAUGUGAAUUAAAACAGUAUUUAUAUGGGUAUUUUCUGUCUGUCAGAAUAGCAAUCCCUUGAACAGGAAUCUCUCUAGUAAAUAGCUAAUCCAUUGUGUUGGUCUUGCUUAUCUUAAUUAUUGAAGGUUAUCAUCUUGGAUUUGAUUGUCUGUCCACUAUUGGGGUUUUAUUUCACUGGCUUUCUUCACUAAUCUUUGAAAAUAAGUUUCUUAAGUUACUAUGAGUGUUUUAAAAAUCUAUACAGUUCUCACCAUCAAUAAAAAUUACCCCUGAAUUAGAUCGUCUCUUUCAGGUAGUCAAACAAAUCCUCUGGGCUUCUAUUCCCAGAACCACCUAUAUUCAGCCUAAGUAGUAGUCGUGUUGCCCGACUUUCCUUUUAUUUUUCUCUUGGAGUUGCUUCUGACUGUCCUGUCUCACUCACCUUCUGCCUUGACUAUUCCUGAAAGAUGGCAUUGCAAUUUAUUCCAGUGGUUCAUAAGAUGGGAAGUAGCUGCUGGCUGCCUGCAUAGAAUAGGGCAAUGCAAGAGGGCCUUUUGAGAUCCCUUCCAGACAUACUUUUUGCAGCUGUUCAACACUUUCUUGCAAAUGGUCUUUUGCAGGGAUUGUCCUGAGAGAGCGGUUCCUUGUCAUUAAAAAUCCUAGAGGUCUUCUGGGGGCAGGUAACUGCCAAAGGCUCUCUUCUCACAGCUCCACAGCAGGCACAUUACAAGCUUGGUCUUUUCACAGUAGCAGCCCUGCACUGUGGAGAUGCGGUACAUGAAGAGGCUGGUCCCAACAGCUCAGAAAAUGCUUGGGAUUACCUUUCUUUUGAUAAUAAAAGGCUCCUACUGUUGCAGUGAACUUCAGACUGAGUCACCAGGUCAAAACUGGUGUUGCGAUCAGGAGAGUCUUGAUUAUGCUCAGAAGUGACAAAUCUGUUUGUAUGGAAUAAAGUUAUAGGAAAUAGAUGGGAGAAAAAGAUUUUCUCCUAUGGAAAAAACAGCUGGUGGUGCAUCUUAGAGCAAUUUGGGUGGUGAAAGUGGAGGAGUGGGCCACGUUUUUCACCUUAUGAGCAUGUUCAUUGUGUUCAUGUACCUGAAACACUUGAAAGGGCAUGUACCUCUUUUCAGGUACAGUACUGCAUAUUUAAAUCUAGAUGAUUAGCUCUCCACAGGUGAGGCAGCUGUAAUUGUGGUUCAGCUCCAUAACACCGGAAUAUCAGCUCAUGGGAUCCCUCUGGGUCUUUUCUGGAGAUAUCUUUGGGUUUACUACCAUGGUUUCUAAGACCUUUUUGUUGGAAAUGAAACAGAGCCGGGUGGAAGAUGUUUCAGUCUGUUUUACAGGGAAAACUUAACAACAGGACAGGG